AUGGCCGCACCGUCGGAGGGCGCGCUGCGGCGCUCGCUCGCGGAGCGCCAGGCCGCCGCGGACGCGCAGGCCGAGGCCGUGCGCGCGCUCAAGGCCGGCGGCGGCGCGUCCAAGGCCGACGUGGACGCCGCGGUCGAGGCGCUGAAGGCGCUCAAGGUCGAGGCCGGCGCCGCCGCGCGCCGGCUGCAGCAGGCGCUCGGGGCGGGCGCGGGUGGCGCCGCGAGGGAGGAGCUGCGGCAGGCGGUGGUGAACACGCUGGAGCGGAAGCUGUUCUACAUACCCUCCUUCAAGAUCUACCGCGGUGUCGCGGGGCUCUACGACUACGGGCCGCCCGGGUGCCGCGUCAAGGCCAACGUGCUUUCCUUCUGGCGCCAGCACUUCGUUUUGGAAGAGAACAUGUUGGAGGUGGACUGCCCCUGUGUGACGCCUGAGGUUGUCUUGAAGGCAUCAGGCCAUGUUGAGAAGUUUACUGACCUCAUGGUUAAAGACGAGAAGACAGGCACAUGCUACCGUGCUGACCACUUGUUGAAAGAUUUUUGCAAGGAGAAGCUUGAGAAAGACCUUGCCUUGCCCAAAGAGAAGGCUGAUGAAUUUAAGCGUAUUCUUGCCAUUUUGGAUGACUUCUCAGCAGAGGAACUUGGUGCAAAGAUUAAGGAAUACGGCAUUGUUGCCCCUGAUACAAAGAAUCCGCUUUCUGAUCCCUACCCGUUCAAUCUUAUGUUUCAGACAUCUAUUGGCCCCACUGGCCUUAGCGUGGGGUAUAUGCGACCAGAGACUGCACAGGGUAUUUUUGUAAACUUCAAGGACCUGUACUAUUACAAUGGCCAAAAGCUCCCCUUUGCAGCUGCUCAAAUUGGGCAAGCUUUUAGAAAUGAGAUCUCGCCACGACAAGGUCUUCUCCGAGUGCGUGAAUUCACGUUGGCAGAGAUUGAGCAUUUUGUGGACCCAGAAGACAAAUCACAUCCAAAAUUUGUUGAUGUUGCUGAUUUGGAGUUCCUGAUGUUUCCAAGAGAGCUGCAACUCUCUGGGGAGUCAGCCAAGCUAAUGAAGCUUGGGGAAGCAGUUUCAAAGGGAACUGUUAAUAAUGAGACACUUGGUUACUUCAUCGGAAGGGUCUAUCUUUUCCUGACAUGCUUGGGAAUUGAUAAGGGUCGGUUGCGCUUCAGGCAGCAUCUACCUAAUGAGAUGGCUCAUUAUGCUGCUGACUGUUGGGAUGCUGAAAUAGAGUGCUCUUACGGGUGGAUAGAGUGCGUGGGUAUUGCUGAUAGAUCUGCAUAUGAUUUGAAAGCUCACACUGAGAAAAGCGGUGUCCCACUUGUUGCUCAUGAAAAAUUCUCCAAGCCUAGAGAGGUUGAGAAACUUGUCAUAGUUCCCUCGAAGAAAGACCUGGGGCUGGCUUUUAAGGGCAACCAAAAGAUGGUCCUUGAAGCAUUAGAGGCUAUGAGUGAGAAGGAAGCAUUUGAGAUGAAAGCUGAACUAGAAACCAAGGGGGAGACAAAUUUUAAAGUCUGCACACUCGGAAAAUAUGUGGUGAUUACAAAGAAGAUGAAUCAAGAGUUUGAUGCUGCUGCCAAAGUAAUCGCUAAGGCAUUAACAACUGCUGGUAUCUCCCACAUUAUUGACACUACUGCAAUUUCUAUUGGGAGGAGAUACGCGAGGACAGAUGAGAUUGGUGUUCCAUUUGCUGUAACAGUGGAUUCGGCAACAAACGUGACGAUCCGAGAGAGGGACAGCAAGGAGCAGAUCCGUGUGGACAUCAACGAGGUGGCAUCCGUGGUGAAGCAGCUGACAGAAGGCCAAAGCACCUGGGCAGAUGUUUCUGCAAAGUAUCCUGCCCAUGUUGGCCCCCAAGGUGACCAGGAGUGA